CCCCCCCCCCCCCCCCCCCCAAAAAAAAAAAAAAAAAAAAAAGGAAAAAAAAAGAAGAAAAAAUAAAAUUCAUACACAUAAUAGUAUAGUCAGUCAGGCAAUCAAAUGGAGUCUCAUACGAUCACCGUGUUGUUGUUGGGAGAUGACAGGACUGGAAAAUCCACCUUCCUAUCUCGCGUAGCCCAGGGCAAAGACAGGCUGACCGGACGAGCCGAGAUCACGCUUUUGCGCGACUCGGACCAGCCCUUCUUCUUUGAACUGCGGUCCAGAAAAGGGGUCUAUCGCAUCGAGUUCCACGACACUUCUGGUCCCACCAAUUGGCGCCUUCUUCAGCCAGAUCUCAUCGUGAUAUGUUAUGAUAUAAGCCAACGCCUCAGCCUCAUAAAUAUGCAGAGAGUUUGGAUUAAGGAGUUGCGCCAGACAUUUCCAGCCGGCGACUCGAUCCCCAUCGCAGUCCUAGGUCUCAAGCGAGACCUGAGGUCCGAGGAAGACCCCAACGGCAUCAUCUACCCGCAGGAAGGAUAUCGCAUAUCGCAGGAGAUGAGGGCGGAUCGAUACAUGGAGUGCUCGGCCGUGACGGGCGAGCUACUGAGUGAGACUUUCGAGGAUCUAUACCUCAUGGCCGUCAAGACCACGACCGCCGAGGGAGGGCAGAGCGAAGGGGCGUGUGCGAUCAUGUAGAGCGCGUGUGGGUGCUGGUGGUGACUAGGUAGUUCUUGUCGUAAAUCAUUUCGCAAUGUUCAUUCUGACACGAAAUAAUAAAUUUACCCCCUCAAUCUCACA